ACCAAUAUUUAAACCUUCUAAACAAACAAUCAAACAAAACACAGGAAUUAUUGUAAUAGUGAUAUCAAACAUGUCGUGAAUCCAAUGACGCAACAUAUUUUUUAUAAAAUAGAUCAAUUAUGAUGAGUAAUGAACUAAGUGUGAAUUAGUAUGCAAUGACAAAUAUUAGUGAAUUUAGUAUUGACGAAACUUUAAAGUGAAAAAAAUGCCGUUUCCUAAGAUAAAAUUUAAAAAGGAUUGUAUGGAUAAUAUCUGCACGAGGCUGGGACUUCAGCAGCCUGAUCUCUUUGGUCUCAGAUUUGUGUCCAGAAGGGCGUACCCUCGUAUCCGGUGGGUGGAGCUGGACCGCCCCCUGAAGAAGCAGUUGGAGAAGUAUAGCAGGGAACCCUACCUAUACCUGGGGGUUAUAUUCUACGUCACAGAUGUUUCCUUACUAGAGGACGAGGUGACAAGGUAUCAUUACUUCCUGCAGUUGAAAACUGACGUUGUUGAAGGUCGUCUUCGUUGCAAUUACGAGCAGGCCAUAGUGCUAGCCAGCUACAGCUUGCAGGCUGAGUUUGGUGAUCAUGAUCCUGAGAAGCAUACUGCUGAGUAUCUGAAGGAUUUCCCUCUCCUACCCAAACCUAUGAUCUCACACUUUGAAGACAGACUUGGAGCCUUAACCGACGCCAUUGUUACUCAGCACAACAGUCUGCGCGGCAUUGCGGCGCAACUAGCCGAGAUCUAUUAUAUAGUUGGUGCGCAGCAGCUGGAGGGGUAUGGACAAGAGUGCUUUCUCGCUAAAGAUGACACAGGAAAUGAGGUUCUGAUUGGAGCUUCACUAACAGGAAUCUGUGUACGGAAAGGGAACGGAAACUCUCCUCAGUUCUUCCGGUGGAGGGAUAUCACCAACCUUGUCAAUCAUAAGAAAUAUUUUGGAAUAGAUUGUCAAAACUUUGAAUUCAGUGUACAGUUUGUAUUCAAUGAACCUGAUGCCGCAAAAUACGUUUGGAAAAUCUGUGUGCUUCAGCAUACAUUCUUUAAAAUGCACCAGUCUGCGACGGAGAGCUGUGAGAUGAAUAUAACUGUAGAGCCAGGGAGUCAUCCACUCUCCUCCUCACUCACUUCAUCCCAUCCUCUCUCCUCCCCUCACCCCCUCUCCUCAUCCCCCCUCCCUCCUCUUCAUCUGGAAGAUUAUAUGUACAAAGUUCCUCCAGGACCGGCUGUAAUAAAAGCAGCAGAUAUAAAAACCUUUCAACAACGAAGUCAAAAUAUCCCACUUUCUGUAGAAAAAAGGGCUGGGAACAGUUCAAUUUCUGGAGGAUUAGACCGUAGAUCAGGAUACACUACAUCCAGGCUUCUACUUAAUCAAUCAAUCAAUCAAACAGGACUCGGGGCUUCUAUGAACUUAACUCUUGCUAAUAUGCCGCCAAAAAUAUCAAAUCUAGGUGGAGUAGGACGGCUCUCCUCUGGUUCCAACCCUAGACGGAGUAGUUCCAGUCUUAACAUAAACCAGUCCCUCUUUACUCCAGGAUACCUUUCAGCAUACAAGGAGCAUCUCUUCUAUGACUAUUUAACACGUGCACGCUCAACUAACGACCUGGACCGGCUUGAGGGCAGCGUGGACCGACGAACUGGUACAAUUGUACCAAUGUACAGGCCCGCCCCGGACUAUGAAACCGCUGUUAUGUCUAAGUACAAAGGGAAUAACAGGAUGAGUCAGAUGGCGCAGAUGUAUUCGUCCCACCCAGAGAUCCGGCAACCUCCACCUGGACAACCAAACCUUUCUCAACAUGAUCUUCGCCAUCUUCAUCUGGGACAUGGAGUUCAUAAUCAGCUAGAGCCUGAAGUCUGGUUUCCGCUGAACAGUGCACAUACCUACUCCACGCCGGAACUGAACACUGCAGGAGACGGGUUUGAUCCGUUAAACCAUUUAACAAUAUAUAAGCCCCCACCACCCUACCCUGGGGAACACCAUUCUCAUUUCUCCAGUAGUACUCCAGACCUCGCCUCGCAGACCCUGCCUCCACUGGUCGGAGGAUCCUCUCCCGACCUCGUGUCUAGGAGGACGUUAGGGCCGGCGGCCGGUCGACACAAUCAGACAAAUCCGGACUUGAACCGGACCUAUGACAAUUUGACCGGAAGCGGAAGUGGAGGAGGGGGCCAGGAACCGGUUUCUAGAUACACCGCGUACAGUACAGAGGAGUUAAAUGCUGUGUAUAAUAUAGGGGAUCAGGAUCAAUCUCAGCUUCUGAACAAUAUUAUUAAUGAAACCUACAAUCCUGCUGGACAACAUAAUUAUAUCUACGAUCAACAGAGAGAGAAUAAGCGGAUAUCCCUCCAUCAAGUGGAGCAAGAUGAAGUGGAGCAAGAUCAGCAUCAACAACAUCAUCAUCAACAACAACAACAGCAGCAUCAGCAACAUCAGCAACAACAACAACAGCUAGCUCUUAUCUUGUCCCAUCUUGAAGGUCAACAACUUGAUGAACAUCAACUGGGUCUUCUACUAACACACCUAGAAGGUCUUUCCUUUGAACAACAGCAAGUUCUUGGACACCAGCUGGAAACUCAACGACAACAACAGCAAGGAGUGCAGCAGCAGAAUGAUGUUGAAGUGAAUGGAGAACCUAUUUAUCAGAACCAAGGACAGAUAAUCGCCAGUGAAGGACUCGAACCCAUUUAUCAAAAUUUACCUUUACCAAAGCUAGAGGAGGAUUUUGGCGGCCAAGCGGACGAUUCUAACGACGAGAUAUAUAUUGACGAUACUGUUGAUGGACCGUCCCGACCUAACGGGAUAAACGUCGACCGAAGUCCAAUUAAAAUCGACCAAAGUAGUUCAAAGGAAAAUAGUCCGGGUCAAGAAAAUAGUCCUGCAACGAGUGAGCAACCGCCAGCAAAUAGAUUAAAUAUCAGAAAAGCGAUUACUUUAAGUCGAGAAGAUUUAUCGAUAGAGUCGACACAAACAAUUGAAAAAUCGAAAUCUAACGAAAAUCUUAGUCGACCCAAUGUUGAGCCAGCCCGGCGCAAGAUUGAGAUGAGACAGUAUCUAGAACCUGCAGUAAAGAAGAAUAUUGCAAGUUCAGAUCUAUCUCUUAUCUCCAGCGUAAAUAAUUCAAAUAUUAGCUCGCCGCCGCCAAAUAACCAGGAGAAGUUGUCUUCAAAGAUGGGCAAUGUACACUCUGACCUAAGCUCACUAAGUGGCGGACUGCACAAAAAAUCCCUUUCCUCCCUUCAUGCUGACGAAUCUUCACCGCAGAGUUUACAUAAACCAAAAGGACGGAAACGCUGGGGCCUAAAUAUGGCGGUAAAAUCUGGAUCUUUAAAAUCCACGAAAUCUGAUAAAUCAGCUGAUGGAAAAUCAGCGGACGGGGAUGAGAGCAGAAAUUCUAGUGGGCGGGGUAUGGGGGCCAUGAUGCUUGCUAAUCUUCAUGGGCUCACAAGAUCCAGACCCGAUCUGCUCUCUGACACAAUAAGGUCCUCAAGUCCUCUUCGGGAAUUUAAAGUCCCCUCUCAAAUACCCAAGCAGUCCAUUGGACCAUUCUUAGAGGCUAAGCUGCAAGAGGGGGAGGUGGUCAGAGAAUUUCAAACUAUCCCAAAGAAAAAAUCAACUGGCUGUACAACUGAUGUAGCAAACCUUCCGGAGAAUAUCCCUAGAAACCGGUUUAAAGAUGUUGUACCGUAUGAUACCAACAGAGUUAGAAUAAACAACGAGAAGGAUAAUAAGUAUGGUUAUAUCAACGCAAGUCAUAUAUCCGCAACAGUUGGAUCCAGUCAACGGUUCUAUAUAGCAGCACAGGGUCCCUUACCAUGUACUGUACAUAACUUCUGGACUAUGGUACAUAUGUGCGAUGUACAUCUUAUUGUGAUGCUAACUGAAGUAUCUGGAGCCUCCAAAACCUCUGCCUGUAUCCCAUAUUGGCCUCAAAACGACGGAUCCUCCAUUGAAAUUGGAGAUUUCACAAUUACCAAAAAUUUUAGUUCAAAUCAGGGUUCUUACACCACAACAACUUUACAGCUCCUACAUACAGCUUCAAGGUAUAGAAUGUUGAUGUUGGUGUUUAAAUAUAUAUCCCUGUUUCAGGCGGGUGAGAUUCCUGCUGGUAAUAACAAGAACCCCCCUGUCCUACUUCACUGUUCUGCCGGGGUUGGUAGAACAGGGGUAACUAUACUUGCAGAUAUUCUCCUCUACUGUGUAGAUCAUAAUAUUGAUAUUGAUGUACCCAAGGUUUUGACGCAUUUACGAGAGCAGCGAAUGUUGAUGGUUCAAACCCUAGCCCAAUAUCAGUUCGUUCACACUGUACUUAUCAACUACCUUUCUCAUUCAAGGCUUAUCUAGGGCCCAGACCAGUUUAUCCAGGGAAUUCCAGGGUCCCGAGAAAAUCUUCUAAAAUCAAAACCGAGAAAUGCGGGAAAAGUGUAUAUAUUUCUUCAGUAAAGGCCGGAAAAAUCCGGCCAUUUCCGCCACUUCAAAAUGUGAUAAAGAA